AUGGAUAUUGAAGAUGUAAUGAAUAAAUUAUCAUUAAAAAAUAAAAAAGUUUUAAAUAGAUCAUCAGAAUAUUCAAGACUAAUUAAAGUUAAAAGACCGAUGGGCUUGGGUCCUCUUGAAAUGUGUAAACCUGGCGCUUGUAUUUUUGUUGCCUGUAAAGAACUAUCAAUAGAAUUAAAUAAAAGCCAAUUAGUAAGAGUUCUUGGAACAAAUGAUAAAUUAUUUGAACAAUCAAUUCUUGCUUUGUAUACAAUUUUAGGUAAAAAAAGACCACCUUAUUCAAUAGUAGAAAUUUCAAAUACAUUUAAAUUAAAUUCAACAAUUUGUGAAUCAAGUGAAAAUUUAUUAAAACUAUAUAGAACUAAAAUAUUAGGUGGUAUUGAAGAAGUUCAAAGUCAAUUUACCAAUAUUGAUGAUGGUAUAUUUUCAGCGGCAUCAGUUUAUAUUAUGACACAACAACAUUCAAUAAAUAUUGAUCAUACUCUAUUACUUAGUUUGGUUGAUUGUUCACAAGAAACAUUUCAAAGGGCAAUGAAUGCAAUUACCCAAUGUUGUUAUCAAGGUGAAAGUAUUGUUAAACUAAAGAAAACUCCACCUAAAAAUAAACAAAAUACAAUUUUAAGAUCACCAACUUCAAUUCUUAUAUCAUCAUCAUCAACUUUAAAUAAUACAACAACAAGUACAACUACAACAGCACCAAAAUCACCAAUACCAAUUCCAUCAUUAACUCCAAUAUCACAAAUUAAGAAUUUAACUACCAAACCUAUAGUUUCACCAUCAUCCUCACCAUUAUUAUCAUCUAUUUCCCCACCUAAAGUUUUGGCUACACCAACAUUAUCAUCAUCAUCAUCAUCAUCAUCAUCAUCAUCAUCAUCAUUAUCGCCACCAUUAUCAUCAAAUCCAACUACUGAUUUGUCAUCCACUAAUGAACCAAUUGUCUUUAAUAUUUCAUCUGAAUUAUUACCUAUACCACCCACUACCACUUUUAAAAAUGAUGGAAAUGAAAAUAAAAAUAAUACUAAAAAUUGUAAUAUUGAAAUAAUUGAAGAGAUAUCGAAUGUUGAUGAAUCACCAUUUAAUGAUAAUAGUGUAAAGAAAAUUGAACAAUCCAAUCCAAAUAUUAGUAAUAAAAAGAGAUCUAGAGACGAACUUGAAAAAGAAUCUGAACUUGGGAAAAGCCAACCACCACAACCACAACAACAACCACAACAACAACAACAACAACAAAAAGAAAAGAGUGUAAAAAAUAAAAUAAAUGAGGGUGAUCUAACGUUAGAACAAGAACGUCUACUAAUUAAAAAGAAAAAAGAACAACAAUUUAAUGAUUGGAAAAAUUCUGAUUUUGCCAAAUCAAAACCUACUCCAGUCAAUGCUACAAAACAAUUAACUUUGGAUUCUUUUUUUAAAUAG